CGUUUCCGUCUUCCCAGUGCCUGUCAGCCAUUACUGCUCUGCUUGCCGGGUCUUGCAGGGUGUAACUGGUACAACUGACAUAGUUUCCGAAAAAUCGAAGAUCGUUUCUACGGGACUGGUAGUGUGUCAGCAGAUUCUUCCGAACUUUUCCCAAGAUGUAUAACAAUAGUUAUUCCAAUCAUACCAGUUACAGACCCAGGAGUAACAGGGACUCUAGCAGUCGUAAUGGAGGAGGUACUUUUUGGAAUAGUCAACAGCAAAAGGAUAAGCCCAUUAAGAAGCAAGUCCAGAGGAGAACACCUGGAGAUUCACUGAAGAAACCUUCUUGGGAUCUGGCCAAGUUACCAGUGAUCACAAAAAAUUUAUAUAUUCCGCAUAUCAAUGUUUUGAAGAGAUCAAUAGAAGAAGUAACGAAAUACCACAUUGGUAAAGAAAUUACUGUAAAGGGAAACAGUACACCUUCUCCAAUUCAAGCAUUCGAAGAAAGUAACUUCCCAGAAUAUGUGAUGGAAGAGAUCAGGAAGCAGGGUUUUGCUGAGCCAACAGCAAUCCAGGCACAGGGCUGGCCAAUUGCACUCAGUGGACGAGACUUGGUUGGAAUUGCUCAAACAGGAUCUGGAAAAACUCUAGCUUAUAUUUUACCGGCAACCGUACACAUUAACAAUCAACCACGUUUGAACCGAGGAGACGGUCCUAUCGUUUUGAUACUCGCCCCAACAAGAGAGUUAGCUCAGCAGAUUCAGACUGUUGCUAGGGAUUUUGGUUCCUCCUCGUGCAUUCGUAACACUUGCAUAUUCGGUGGUUCCCCGAAAGGUCCUCAGGCUCGCGACUUAGAACGUGGCGUCGAGAUAUGCAUCGCCACUCCCGGCAGAUUGAUCGAUUUCCUUGAGAAGGGGACCACGAAUCUGCGCAGGUGCACGUACCUCGUCUUGGACGAGGCGGACAGAAUGUUAGAUAUGGGAUUUGAGCCGCAGAUCCGAAAAAUUAUUGAACAAAUUAGACCUGACAGACAGGUGUUAAUGUGGUCCGCGACCUGGCCAAAGGAGGUGCAAGCUUUAGCCGAAGAUUUCCUGACAGAUUACAUUCAAAUCAACAUUGGUUCAUUAACAUUGGCCGCUAAUCACAAUAUCCGUCAAAUCGUAGAAAUUUGCCAGGAACACGAGAAAGAGGCGAAGCUGUCGGGCCUUCUCAGGGAAAUCGGCAAGGACCGUGGGGGCAAGAUGAUCAUUUUCGUCGAGACGAAAAAGAAGGUGGACGACAUUACGAAGACUAUCAAACGGGAGGGUUGGCCAGCCAUCUCAAUUCAUGGGGACAAGUCACAGCCUGAAAGAGACUAUGUGUUAUCCGAAUUCAGAAACGGGAAGACGAUGAUCCUCGUUGCCACUGAUGUUGCUGCUCGCGGCUUAGACGUAGAGGACGUGAAAUAUGUGAUCAACUUCGAUUAUCCAAACAGUUCCGAGGACUAUAUUCACCGAAUAGGAAGAACCGGUCGCUGUCAGAGCGCGGGCACAGCGUACGCUUAUUUCACGCCUAAUAAUGCUAGACAAGCAAAGGAACUGAUCUCUGUUUUAGAGGAAGCUGGACAAGCGAUAAAUCCACAAUUAGCUGACUUAGCAAACUCAAUUAAAUCUGCGUACGGAAAGGGUCGUCAACGUUGGAGCCACUCGCGUUCCAACAAGGACAACAAUUCAACUGGAAGUCCAAGAAACAAUAGCAGCCCAACUGGAAGUAACUGGCAGAAUCAUCAGGUCCAAAGUGUCCAGCACAGUACCGCCAGUAAUCAAGAGAGAACUGUUGUCCGACAACAAAAUGGCUACCAGCCAACUCGUCAGAACAGCUUCCAGUCUAGCUACCAACAGCAGCAGCAGCAACAACAGCAGCAGCAGCAACAUCCACAACACCAGCAGCACCAGCAGCAACAUCAGCGGCAAUCUGGCAGCUAUACUAACGGCUGUCAGACCAGUAACGGCUAUCAGGCUAGUUAUCAGAAUGCAAAUAUACCCAGAUAUCAUGGUAGAACCGGUGGUUUCCAGGGCAGCCGUUAUCAUAACCGACAGAGCGCUUACAAUGCUAAUCAAACAGCUGGAGGGCAAAGCGUGUACUCGAUGCCGCCUCCGUUCAUGUUGCCAUCCGGUGGACACACCGAUUCUGGGAUGCAGAGCCUUGUUAACAACAAGUUCUUCCAGACGAAUCGUCCACCGCCGAACACCGGGGCGUGCGCCUAUCAGUCGAUGGGAUACAGCCAGUUCCAAGCGGUGCCGCCGUAUAGUUACCCUUAUCCGCCCACACCGGUGCAGCAGUGACGCUUUUCAAGGUACAAGUCGGUAAGAGUGCAGGCUAAGUAAGAGAUCGAUUUUUUCCUGUUUAUAUCGGACCCACUAAAUAUUUACGGUUUGUGUAGACGGUUGGGUCUCUUUUUGAAUAUAUAAGUAACGUAAUGUUUCUUCUUUUCUUUGUCAUUUAUUAUUUUUCUGGAAUGGUGCCGGCUCGACGCAUAGCGAAGCAAAAAUCGUUUUGAGUUGUUCAUAACGAAAAAAAAAGAGUAAAAAAAAAACGAAAAGGGUGGGAAAAAACUAAAAAAAAAAAAAGAAAGAAAGAACAAACAAACUAAGACACAGAUAUCGAAACAGAAGAAUCAGUGAUUAUUAAUAUAUUAUGGUUUUAUCUAGGAUGAGAUAUUGAUGACGAUCGUUUGAAUGGGAACGACGUUGUCGAGAAAGAAACGAAAUAAAAAGAAAAAAAAAAGAAAACAAAAUGAUAACAGAGAAAAAUUCAUUAUUAUAGGCAUCGUUAAUCUUCGAGGCACAUUCCAGUCGAGUUUUUUCAAGUAGCCGUAGUUGUUUAGCAAUGGUACAUGAAUAUAAUCAUUACUGGAUGUAGAAUAUGACCAGAAAAUGUAGGCUUAUAUACCAUUGGUCAUAUCCUUUAAGAGAUAAUUAAUCUUCUUGCGAUAAAGAAAAAAAAUAAAACUAUGUAAACGUCAUUUAAUGCUUUCCCGAAAUGCACGAAACGUAUAGAAGGGGGGUGGGUUAACGUUUUCAUAUUUGAUAAUUUAUUUAUAUUUUGCAUAUAUCUAUAUAUACGUAUGUACAGGCAACGCUCUUCAAAAUGUAAGGCCUUUUGCAUAAAAAUUAAGCCGUACACCCGUUUUUACGAAGCGCACGACGAUAUAAUAAUAAUAAUAAAAAAAAAAUAAAUAAAAGAUAACAGAUACAUCGUGUCCUCUGUUCUUGUAACGAGACCGCGGGUGUGUGUGUCUCUUUGAUAAUAGUUGGGUGGGAGGGUUCGGGGUCGAAAGAGUUAAAUCUCGUCAAAAUUAAGGAGGAAAAAAAAGGACUUUGAUGGAGGGAUUAUCCAGCAUCAUUAUUAUAGCGUACAAAAGUGAGUACUUCGAGACUAUCCUGGGGACCGGUGUCUUUGUAAAACGAAUUCAAAGCGAGACCGGUUAAACCGGGCUGGGGAGAUAUAGAGAGGAAAACUUGGGCUUUAGGGGACAACUUUAAAUUAAGCAUGUAGUCACAAUGGCUGUGUACCUCGGCGCAAAGUUUGAUACCUUAUUUUUAUAAUAUAUAUCGAAAGUAAUUUGUUGUUAAACCAACGAAUGAUUAUACGAAGAAAAAAAAAUGCAGUAAGAGAAACAUUGUUGUUUGAUGUUUAUGCAAUUGGCCACUGAGUGGUCUUGUCUUUGCGCGCCCGUGUCGUCGAUGAUAGGUGCACCGCGCAGCAGGCUGGCCGCGAUAUCGAGUAAAAUUAUAAAAAGGAAAAAAAGAUGAAAAUUUAGUUGUACCUGUUUUUUAGU